GCACGCCCGCCCGCCCGCCCCUGCUCUUAUCGCCGCCGCUCUCGCCCGACUCCCACUCCCGCGCGCUGCAGGAGCGAGUAGCAGAGGCGGCGUCCCAGGGGAGCGCGCCGGAGCGACGCCCGCGAGGCGGCGGCUGCAACCCGGACAGCUCCCGGAGGCACUCGGAGGUCUCCACCGGCGACAGCGAUCUCUUUUGAAGCUGGAGUGGACAAUGCUGUAAAUGCUGAACCUCUAACCUGCCCCUGGACAGUGACUUCUCAUCAGCCAUCCGCAGAGGGAAGAAGGAAGAUGGAAGAUUCUUAUAAGGACAGGACUUCUCUGAUGAAAGGUGCCAAGGACAUUGCCCGAGAGGUGAAGAAACAGACAGUGAAGAAGGUAAAUAAAGCUGUAGACAGAGCCCAGGAUGAAUACACCCAGAGGUCCUAUACCCGCUUCCAGGAUGAAGAAGAGGAUGAUGACUAUUACCCUCCUGGAGAAACCUAUGAUGGGGAGACUCAUGAGGAUGAAGGCUCCAGCGAAGCAACUGAGGGUCAUGAUGAGGAUGAUGAGAUCUACGAGGGGGAGUAUCAGGGCAUCCCCAAUACAAACCAGGGGAAGGACGGUACUGUGAUGGUGGAGCAGCCCAAGAGUGAUAAGACCAAGGAUCGCCGGGAUCUGGAGUCAGAAAGGAGAGCUGACGAGGAAGAACUUGCCCAGCAGUAUGAGCUGAUAAUUCAGGAGUGUGGCCAUGGUCGCUUCCAAUGGGCCCUUUUCUUCGUCCUGGGCAUGGCGCUCAUGGCAGAUGGCGUGGAGGUGUUUGUUGUGGGCUUUGUGCUGCCUAGUGCUGAGACAGAUCUGUGCAUCCCCAAUUCUGGCUCUGGAUGGCUUGGAAGCAUAGUGUACCUCGGGAUGAUGGUGGGGGCAUUCUUCUGGGGCGGCCUGGCAGACAAAGUGGGAAGGAAACAGUCUCUUCUGAUUUGCAUGUCUGUCAACGGAUUCUUUGCCUUCCUUUCUUCAUUUGUCCAAGGCUAUGGCUUCUUUCUCUUCUGUCGCUUACUUUCUGGAUUCGGGAUUGGAGGAGCAAUUCCCACCGUUUUCUCCUAUUUUGCUGAAGUGUUGGCCCGAGAGAAGCGGGGUGAGCAUCUGAGCUGGCUCUGCAUGUUCUGGAUGAUUGGUGGCAUCUAUGCUUCUGCCAUGGCCUGGGCCAUCAUCCCACACUAUGGAUGGAGCUUCAGUAUGGGCUCAGCUUACCAGUUCCACAGUUGGCGUGUGUUCGUGAUCGUCUGUGCACUUCCCUGUGUCUGCUCAGUGGUGGCCCUCACGUUCAUGCCUGAGAGCCCACGCUUCUUGUUAGAGGUUGGAAAACAUGAUGAAGCGUGGAUGAUUCUGAAAUUAAUUCAUGAUACAAACAUGAGAGCACGAGGUCAGCCUGAGAAGGUCUUCACAGUAAACAGAAUAAAAAUCCCAAAACAAAUAGAUGAACUGGUCGAAAUUGAGAGUGACACUGGAGUUUGGUACAAAAGGUGUUUUGUUCGGAUCCGCUCAGAACUGUACGGAAUUUGGCUGACUUUUAGGAGAUGUUUUAACUACCCUGUCAGAGAAAAUACUAUCAAGCUUACAAUUGUUUGGUUCACUCUGUCCUUUGGGUACUAUGGACUGUCUGUCUGGUUCCCUGAUGUCAUUAAACAUCUACAGUCAGAUGAAUAUGCAUCGCUAAUGAGAAAGGUGCAGAGAGAGAAAUAUGCAAAUUUCAGUAUUAACUUUACAAUGGAAAAUCAGAUCCAUACUGGAGUGGAAUACGACAAUGGCAGAUUCCUCGGAGUCAAGUUCAAAUCUGUCACUUUCAAAGACUCUGUUUUUAAAGCCUGCACCUUUGAAGAUGUGACUUCACUCAACACCUACUUUAGGAACUGCACUUUUAUUGACACUGUGUUUGAUAACACAGAUUUUGAGUCAUAUAAAUUCAUUGACAGUGAGUUUCAAAACUGCUCAUUUUCUCACAACAAAACUGGAUGUCAGAUCAGCUUCGAUGAUGACUACAGUGCCUACUGGAUCUAUUUUGUCAACUUCCUAGGGACCUUAGCAGUAUUGCCAGGGAAUAUCGUGUCUGCUCUCCUAAUGGACAGAAUUGGUCGUUUGACCAUGCUAGGUGGUUCUAUGGUGCUCUCAGGGAUCAGCUGUUUCUUCCUUUGGUUUGGCACCAGUGAGUCCAUGAUGAUCGGCAUGCUAUGUCUGUACAAUGGAUUGACAAUCUCAGCCUGGAACUCUCUUGAUGUGGUCACUGUGGAACUGUACCCCACGGACCGGAGGGCGACAGGCUUUGGGUUCUUGAACGCCCUCUGCAAAGCAGCGGCUGUCCUGGGAAACUUAAUUUUCGGCUCCCUGGUCAGCAUCACCAAAGCCAUCCCUAUCUUGCUCGCCUCUACUGUGCUUGUGUGUGGAGGGCUGGUGGGGCUGCGCCUGCCCGACACACGAACCCAGGUCCUGAUGUGAAGUAGCCCAGCCAUCGCCUGUGUCAGCUCCACUGGCGGACUCAAGGCUUCCAGUUUCCCAGAUUGACCAAGGUGGCCCCAUACCAGAACACUCUUCACUCUUGCUGUGACUGUCGCACCCUGCCACGUGAUCUUGCAGUUUUCUUUUGUUUUGGUAUGUUGAUGUAUUUGUUGUUAUCUUUCCUAAUGGGACGCUAUUGCCUGCCAAAAAAAUAAAA